AAUAUUAUUAAACUCAUCUUCACAAAAUGAAGGUUUACGCAUUCUUAAGCUUUUUGUUAGCCUUUUUAGCGUUAGCAGCUGCUAAUCCAAAUCCUCAACCCAAUCCUGAACCAAUGCCAGGUGGUGGUGGUGGCGGUGGUGGAGGAGGUGGCAAAUUGUGGGGAGGCGGCGGCGGUGGCGGUGGUGGUGGUGGAAAAUAAAUUACAACUACCUAAUGUGCUACAGAACAACAAAUAAAAUGUUAAAAUAAAAUUUUAGUUAAUUGAUUUUAUUUGUGUCAACAAUUCAGUAACACCAUUAAAUGAUCAACAUUUUUA